UCCCAAAACCCUAUUGUAGCAUAUUUCUCCAUCUCCUUCUCUCCCUCUCUCUCUCUCUGUUCACAUACAAGCACUUCUCUCUUAAGUGACUGAGAAAAAUGGCCAUAAAAACAUGGAUUCUCUGCAUUGCUAUUCUUUCUUUUUUGACGGCCGUUAACUCAAAGGUCCCCGGUAUUUAUACCGCGGGCCCCUGGCAGAGCGCCCAUGCCACCUUCUAUGGCGGCUCUGAUGCCUCUGGCACCAUGGGUGGUGCUUGUGGGUAUGGAAAUUUGCACAGCACAGGAUACGGAGUGAACAAUGCAGCACUAAGCACAGCUCUUUUCAACAGUGGACUGAGUUGUGGUGCCUGCUUUGAGAUAAAGUGCACUGAUGGAAAAUGGUGCACCCCUGGAAAGCCAUCCAUUCUUGUGACUGGUACAAACUUCUGUCCGCCAAACUUUGCUUUGCCAAAUGAUAAUGGUGGGUGGUGCAACCCGCCCCGUCCUCAUUUCGACCUUUCCAUGCCUGUGUUCCUCAAAAUCGCUCAAUACGUUGCUGGCAUUGUCCCAGUUACCUAUCGCAGGGUUCCAUGCAAAAAACAAGGAGGAAUAAGAUUCUCGAUCAACGGUUUCCGUUACUUCAACAUGAUCACAGUGACUAACGUGGCAGGUGCUGGUGACAUUCAACAAGUUCAGGUCAAAGGUACUAACACAAAAUGGAUUGUUAUGAGUCGAAAUUGGGGUCAAAAUUGGCAAUCCAAUGCUUUGCUUGAUGGUCAAGCACUUUCCUUUAAAGUCAAAACUAGUGACCAUCGCUAUGUUACAGCAUACAACGUGGCACCAUCUAAUUGGCAGUUUGGCCAGACUUAUGAGGGCAAAAAUUUCCGAGUUUAACUUAAAUUAAAUAAAGAUAAAGCACAAAUUGAUCCUAAAUACUACUUAUACUUUGUAUACACUUUUCCCCACCUUCAGUUUUUCUCUUUUUUAAUGGGAGAAAUUAUAGGUAUUUGAGGAAAUAGUUUAAUUUCCUUUUUAUAUUUUGCAAUUUUUAUCUUUUGCUUUUUACUUUUAGUGAUGAUGUGUAAGUGUUGGUGAAAAUGGAAGGUUUAUUUAUAGAUGCUGAUGUGGCUGCAGAAGGAUCAACACUAGGAUCAUGAAAAUGUAGCCCGCAGCUCUAUUGACAAUUACUGCUAAUAACUUAUGUGUAAUGGGAACAUCAUAUAAUUGUCUAUGAAUUAUGAAUACGAAUAUU